AUGUUAAGUCUCCUCCCUUUUCUAGGACUUAUGGUGAGCCUCAGUGCCACCAGCACUACAGAACAGCAAGCACAAACCAAUCUCCAAGCCAUUCAACAACGAGACAACUUCCCUCCACCGCGCGAAACAAACCAACACACCCACGAUCCUUCUAUUCUAUUUGUGGACAGUACAUACUACCUCUACCAUAUCGGCCCGAACAUCAACAUUUCGACAGCCCCCUCAAUGGACGGCCCAUGGACAUACGCCGGUCCCGUCCUAAGUGGACCCAGCGUCAUCCCCAAACCACAAGAUAACCUAACCUGGCCCUGGGCACCGAGCGCGAUAGAACGAGACGGCAAAUUCUACUGCUACUACUGCCGCCAUUGGCGUCGCGACAUCUUCUUCGCCGGGUCCAGGGGCUGGUACGAUCAUGGCGCUGUAAUCGAAACCGAGACUGGAGAGGGUUCUGAUAUUCCGCCAUUUACUAUCUCCAAUGCCAUUGACCCUGACCCGUUUAUUACGGAUGAUGGGGUAGCUUAUUUGAAUUAUGGAAGUUAUUGGACAGGUAUCUAUCAGGUUCCGUUGAGAGAUGAUAUGCUUGCUCCGAAGAGUAGUAUUGAUCUUGAUACGAGGCAUUUGAUCGGACCAGGAGAUGGAGGUACAAGCCAGCUUGAGGGUUCGUUCUUAUCGUACAAUAAUGGGUUUUAUUAUUUGUGGUUUAGUCAAGGGGCUUGUUGUGAUUAUGAUCCGAAUAAUUUGCCUGCUCCCGGACAAGAAUACAGCAUCCGUGUUGGACGUUCUGACAAUCUUCGUGGUCCCUUCUUUGAUAAGUCUGGCAAAGACUUAGUUUCCGGCGGUGGUGAGCUUGUAUACGGCUCGAACGGAAACGCAUAUGCGCCAGGCGGCCAAGGUGUGGUGUUUGAUGGUGAGAAUGAUAUACUUUACUAUCAUUACUGUAAGUUUGACAUUCAUCUUAGUGAACGUGUACUGCUGGAUUCGCACCAUGAUAUGCUGAUAUGA